AUGAAAGGGGAAAACUACAGAAUUGCACUAACACAAAAUGCUCGUCCCUUUGCUGUGGCAGCCCCUCGUAGAGUGUCCGCUCCAUUAUUGAGCAAAGUCAAAGAAGAAUUGGAUCGACUGCAUUCUGAGGGAAUAAUUGAGCCAGUGGUAGAACCAACAGACUGGUGUGCACCAAUUGUUGUUGUACCGCGUAAGACAGGUGAUAGAGUGAGGCUAUGUGUUGAUUAUACCGAACUCAACAAAAGCAUUCAGAGAGAAAGGUGGCAACUACCAACUGUAGAAGAAAGUCUUAGUAAAUUAGAAGGCGGACAAAUAUUUUCAUUACUAGACGCCACAAAUGGAUUUCUUCAAGUUCCUUUACAUCAUGAAAGUUACAAGCUUACGACUUUUAUAACUCCUUUUGGGCGAUUCUUUUUCAAGAGGUUACCAUUCGGUAUUAAUUCUGGCCCUGAGGUUUACCAGAAGAGGAUAUACCAAGUUUUGGAUGGACUGGAUGGGGUAGUAAACCAAGCAGAUGAUAUACUUGUGGUUGGUAGAACACAGGAAGAACAUGACCAUUGA